AUGUCGUUGCAUGAGAAUGACUCCUCAAGUGACAGCGACACAGAGAGCGAAAACAGCUUCUCCAUGUUGCAGCCUCAAGAUUAUCUGGGCCUCGCGGUUUUCUCCAUGUUGUGCUGCUUCUGGCCACUAGGCAUCGCUGCCUUCUACCUGUCGCAAAAGACCAACAAAGCUUCAGCCAUGGGCGAUUACCCCCGAGCGUGGACCGCCUCCCGUCAAACCUUUGCCCUGGCUGUCUUGUCCAUCAUCCUGGGCAUUUGCACCUACAUCGGCGCGGUGGUGGCCCUCAUCGCCUAUCUCUCCAACAAGGCCCCCACCUAA